AUGAAUUCGCAGGGUUCGGAGGCCCUCAAGCGUGCUCGUGGCGAAGUCGUAACGCUCUCCACUCUUCGCUACAAGCACAUCGUCGGCUACAAUUCCGCGUGGAUCGAGCAAGAGCUCGGAAGCACCCUCCUCGAAGAGCUAUCGGAGAAUUCUUCAGGCUUCCCUGUUUUAUCAUCUUCAUCCUCUUCUUCUUCUUCUUCUCCGAGCGAUUCUCCGGAUAGUUUCGGGGUUACCAACAAAUACGCCAUCGAUCCGGAGCUCCCCGCUUCCCGUUUCUCUCCCAUCCCUCCCGACAGCAUUCUCUACAACGACUACGUUCAGAAAACACCCGCCAAUGACCCCUCGUCAAGCCUGGAUUCCUCUCUGUACGCGAUGGUUCCCGCGGAAAUCGCCCCGGUUCCCCGCGAGGAAUCCGAGCACAGCAGCUACUGCCUGUACAUCCAGAUGGAGUACUGCGCGGACGGCUCGCUGCGCGACUUUCUGAAUCGCCGCGACGCGCCGCUGAGCGUUCGGCUGGACUAUUUCCGCCAGCUGCUUCAGGGGCUGAAGUAUCUCCACUCGAAGGAGAUUAUUCACCGCGAUUUGAAGCCGGAGAACGUUCUGAUUCACGAGGGCGUGGUCAAAAUCGCCGAUUUCGGACUCGCUUCGCUGAUUGCUUCGCGUCGACAAGACUGCCAUUGCCAUUUCCCCUCCAAGCAAGCAAGUCAUCCGCGCGUUUCUAAGCCUCCCAUCGAAGUGACGUACCCUUCCAGCCGGAACUCGCCGAGUUCUUCGAUUAUCAUCACGCCGCUGAGCGACUCCGCGGACAGCUCGACGUGCAGCCCUUCCGACGAAGUGUCCAGCGAAGCGUCCAACGCGUUCGCGUUUGAAUUCAUCCAUUCGCAAUCCUCUCCAACCGUCGUGAGCUGUUCUUCUUCCUCUGUUGCUUCUUCUUCUUCUUUUUCUUCUUGCACUUCUUCUUUCUCUUCAUCUUCAUCAUCAUUAACACGUUCUUCAUCUCCUUCUUCUUCUUCUUCUUCUUCCGCUUUUUCAUUCUCUUCUUCCUCCUCUUCUCCUUCCUCUUCCUCCCAGCAUUCACCAUUUUCUCACAGCGAGCUCAGCUCGGCGUCUUUAUCUUCGCCUUCCUUCGCUGCGGCGAUCUACGAGCCUCUCACUUCCGGAAUUGGAACCACGACCUACGCGAGGUAUUCCUCGAAGCACCGCUCGAUUGUAGCUCUGAGCAGCUCAAUUCGUCGAGCUAUAACACUUCCUCCGACAUCUACAGCGCUGGUUUGA